CGUUUCCUUAUCCGUUACUGGGUUCCGAGGAUGGACCACAAGGGCUUGUCGCUUAUCGCCACGGAGCACUUUUGGCCGCGCUACUGUUUCGACGGAGGGCCAGACGACAGAACUGCCCAGCCAGGACGUCUUUGGCGAGAUAUACAGACGCCAAGCACCAGGUUCUUCCGCAGCAGAUUCUGGAGUGGGCCUAAAAUGUCUGUUGUCACUGUUUGCUGACACCGAUGGGGUUGAACUUUCUGCCUCGAACGACUCCGUGGCAGGGGACAGCUCCGCACUCAACGUCCUCGAAGAACUGCAGUCAUUGCAAACACUUGUUGCAUCUCCUCGGGAGCUGUCAGAUGCCGCCAACGGAUGCCUUCAAUGUGGCCAGGCCCCCGGCUCUUACUCUACAACGUCUUCAGCUGCGGGCGGUGUCCAUGUGGAUGCCGUGUCCCCGGCGGUGGACCCGGCCAAAUCCUCUGUACGGCGAAGCCUGGAUGCCGUCGCCCGCGUUACCAUCACAUCGCCAUCAAAGACAAAGCGGAAUUCUUCGUCCGCGGGUCACAGCAGCUCCGCAACCUGCAGCACUACCAACAGCGCCCUCAGCUCCAGCAGCAAUAGCACCUUCAGCUGCCGCAGCGGCGCCAAUAUGGCGGACGAAGCCCCCACGGCGUCAAUGUCUGAGGUGUCCGCAUUUGAACUGGUAAGAAGCAACCAGGCGUUCUGCGAUUACAUCAAGGGAAUCCACACCGACAGAGGCGCCACCUUGAAGCCCGAUUCAUCAACGCGGUCCGACGCAGCUUACCAGCAAUAUCAAAAGCAGCAUCAACAAUUGCACAGCCACGAUCUCGGGGCAGCGGCAGAACCUUUUGCCUUAGCUGCCGAUUCCUCAGCACUCGGCCCACAGAUCUCACCCGUAGCCGCAACAGCAGUGUCGGCGCCUGUCCAUGAGCUGGACUGCGCAGCCCUGCAAAUCGUUCGAAAUGCAAGCAGCUGCGGCGGCGGCGGCGGCAGCAGCUCCACGGGCGCCAUCCUGCUUCCCCGUGGGCCCAUAUCAACCUCCGACCCGGGCAGUGCGACGGCGGCAUUGGCGGCGGCGGCCUUUGCCCUAGCAGCCGCCGCUGCACAGCACCGUAGCCUGGGUGGUGCAGUGGCGUCGCAGAGCCCGCCGCCUGUACAGGGAUUCGAUAUGUGCCGGGUGCGCUGCAACAUUUCCUUCAUCCCGGAAGACGAGGAAGUGGAUGCAGCCAGUGAUGGCGAGGAGCGGGAGGAGGAUCUGAGGGAGAUGGGAGUGCUGGCUGCUGAUGUGGCAGACACCGAUACGGGUUCCGGCGCCCGGACGUGCUCGGGUGCUCGGCGCAGUGCUGCGUCCCGGGGCCAGUCGGUGUGCGAGGGCGUCUAUGAGCUUCGUCGCCUGCUGCUGCCCGCCGCCGUUCCGACCACGCCUCAGCACUCCUCCGCCCAGCGGGCUCUCUACACGCAGCAGGAGCGAGAACAUGUGUCAGCGCAGCAGGGACUGCCUGCUGGUGCCGGUGCCGUUGUCAGUGCCGAUUCAGUCGAGUCCGUCUGCGUCAUGCAGGAGUCCAUCUUGCCAACUGAGUCCGCAUCCUCCGUCUCCUCUUCAUCCUCCGUGUCAUCCGCACCAGAACUCCGACUGGCAGACUCCGCAGACCUGCAUGAGGCGUACAAAUGCCAUGCAAGUAUGGUCAAUCUCUGCGGCGGAGAAGAAAGCUGUGCCGGUUACGAGGAGCAACGUGGCUUCCAGGGCCCCUGCCGGGACGUGGUCACGAGUAAUUGCGGUGCUGAUUCGUGCGAAAGGGAGGCCGGAGCCGCCUUCAGCUGCGGAUCAUGUGAAAUGGACGAGUCGUCGUGUGGCGAGCCAGCACCCAUGACGCCAAGUCGGCAGCACCCGCACCUGCCCGUCUGCUCUCCUUGCGGCAAGACCGAGCUGCUGGUAGCAGCUGGCGCCGACACAGCGGCAACGGCAGCAGCAGCCCUAUCAGUGGCGGCGGAUGCGGCCUUGGUACCGGCAGUCGAGGCCGGGUUUGAGGUCGAGGAGGAGGAUGGCAACAUCAUCACGUAUCCGCUGGGUCCCGGCUGUGAGCCCUCCAUGUUGCUGCACUACAGCAGCUCACCGGAGGCCGCUCCACAUGGCUCCAUGCUCGCCCUCAGUGCCGGGCCCAGCCCACGCAGCUUCCCUGUUGGCUCCCCGCUGCGAGAUUCCCCCGCCCGGCAGCCGCAGCCCUGCCCGUCUGGCCUCUCCGCCGCCGCACUGUCCUCAGCCUCAUUCCUCCAUGCAGCCUCAGUCCGCUCCCGCCGCACGUCCGCCCCUAGGUCCGCGCCCACAUCUUCAGGGGGGGCAAUGGCUGACUUCCCUCUCACUGUACCUGAUCUGUCCCGCGGCGUCCCAGCGCCGGUACCAGAGCACCCUGCCUCCACCGGCCCCUCCUCCUCCACCUCUAUUCAUGUUGAUAUGCUCCAUACCUCUCACGACCCGCCAGAGCUGCCUGUUGAUCCCUCCGCAUCUUCGUUCUCCCAGCUGGGCAUGCCCGUACCCUUGGCGCCAGCACUGUCCAUGGCGCGUACGAGUACUCGAUACCGUCGGUCCACCGCUGGCGGCAGCACGAGCACCGCCAGCAGCAGCGCAGUAUGCACCCCGCGCAGCGUUGCAUCGACAACCGCACUCUACGGCGCCCGUGGCGGAAGUCAGGGAGGGUCGCAUGUACAUGUGGUGGGUACACAGAACGCGAGCCUGCACACCCUGCACAACCACUCGACUACACUCAAGGCUAUUGCAGCCGCCGGCACACCUGCAGCGCUGGCGGCCGCGGCGUGCGCCUCCCUGGAGUUGUGUCGGCGGCGUCAGGCUCGCGAGCAGCUGGUGCAGCAGGCGGCGGCAACCUUGUGCGGCGGCGCGGACUGCCCCAGCUACCUGCGGCCGACGCUGUCGUCCGCUGCCAAGUCACUGUUGCUGCAGCACCAGCCCCCUCCUCCUCACCCUCCUCCGUAUCGACCGUCUGUAACAGCGGGACCCACCCCCACCAGCUAUACGGACGAUAAGGAGCAGCGCCGCGGCGGCAGCGGCAGCUACAGCCCGUCUUGUCGUGGUCCAUACAAGCGCAGCUCCGUACAUACAUGGAUAGGAGGUUACGCCUCGCCGGUGGGCGGGUGGGUAUUAUUGGCCGCAGCGACGGCAGACAAGCAGGAAGGGCAUUGCGCCUCCCGGGGGGCUUUGCAGGGGACAUGCUUCCUGGUGCCCUGCAGGAAGUAGAUGGCUAGGAGGGCGCAGGGCGCCUUCCGCGCUUUCAGGGCUUUCGGCUGCCCUGCCUUCCUAAGCAGGUGGGUAUGUGGUGGUGUGGAUGGGGAAAUCCGAUCUCAGGCGAAACCUCAGACAGCUCAGACACGUUGAGGAUUAUUUUUUCCAGUUGUUGUUUGCUUUAGGUUGUAGGUUAGGGAUUACAAAACCAAUGGCAAAUACUUGUUGUGCCUUGUUGACAAGACGCGUGCUUGGAGUUGCAGAGCUGGGGGGUUGACCAAGUCGGUGAUUCGUUUGUUUGUUUCGAUAACCUCGCGGCGGUGCUGCCUGAUGGGGAGGGGACGGCAAUGUCGGUACAUCCGCCCCAAAAUUUGCAGGCGAGCAGUCUUGGUGAUGAUAGUGAGAUGGCGGCGUGGUGGCUCCCGUUGCCGCACGUGAGUGGUGUUCAGGUGGCCAUGUUGAUGUCCCCUGCACUCAUAAGUCGCAUUCCAUUUCCCGUGUCUGUGCGCGGUAGGGUCUCUGGCGGCUCGGUGUCUACGGAGAGGCCCGUUCGUUUAAAGCGGCCCACGCUUCCUUGACUUUUACGUGCAGCAUUGUCAACCGGAGAUGACAGGCCUUGGACUACGCGACUACUUAUUGACUGACCCGUGUAUGUAUAUGUGUAUGUGUGCCCCACAACGUGUGUAGUCCUUACAUGUUAAGUAGCUGGUGCGUAUGGCACGGCCUUUCUAGGCGGUGUGGCGUGGCCCUUCAUGGCCUGCAUGGACGUGCCCUUCUGCACGACUGCUUGUGUGUACGUACUUGGCUCGAUGGGGGAUCGUUUCCGCCACCGCAACCAGUGAAAGCAGGCGCCUGCCCGCUGCCCUGAGCUGCAAGCUUCCCUUGUUGUUUAUGAUUGUGUCGCUUUCGAUUGGUUGUUGCUGUGGGCGGUUCUCCACUUCGUUGUUUUGUUGGAUUCCCAAAUGCCGGUUAGGUGAUUGUUGCUAGGCUUGGCCGUGCCCGUGUCCGUCAGUCCUUUGACUCGGUGCUACGAUUUCAGGUAUGUUAGGGAAGAGGACAUGGCAUCAUUUCCCUAAACGCCCAUUCGGGAAACUAUGCCAGGUC